AUGGAAGAGGAUGACAAGAACGCGGCAGCAAAGAUGAUCGGUACUUCCACUGCUGAUCAUCAGAAAGAAGAUGAUGAUGAUAUACUUCCGGAAUCAACAUUGGAGUCUUCACUCUUCAAUCAAGUUCACAUCAAUGAAGAACCUUCUCAAACUGAAACUGCUGCUACUUCUUCCAAGAAAAGAAAACAAGUAGGUGGUGAUGUAGCAAUCAAUAAUUCUUCAUCAUUGCCAUUGCCAUUGCCAUUGCCAUUGGAUUCUUCUCCCAACCUAACACCAAAGAAGAGAAAAGAGGGACCUUCUCUAACAACUUCUUCAGAAACUCCAGCCAAGAGGAGAAGAGGACGCCCUCCUGGUUCCAUAUCAAAGAAGAAAAAAGAAGGGCCUUCUCGAGCAACUUCAGAAACUCCAACCAAGAGGAGAAGAGGACGCCCCCCUGGUUCCAGAUCAAAGAAGAAAAAAGAAGGACCUUCCCGAAUAGCUUCUGCAGAAACAACAACCAAGAGAAGACGCGGCCGCCAUUUUGGUACCGGUGGUGGUAAACUCGCCUCUCAUAUUAUAGAGUUGAGUGCUGGCCAGGAUGUGGUAGAUGUUCUAUACAAAAUAUCCGUGGAAAAUCCUCAUAAAACCGUUACCAUACUCUCUGCGCUCGGUUCUGUAUCAGACAUUGUCGAUCUUACUCCCAAGGGUCUGAAGCACUGCAAGGGAGAAUUUGAGUUAUAUUUUAUGGCUAUAAAAUGUAUCGUUGAAGAUGAUGGUUGUCACUGUCGUGACAAGGCAACUUUUGUUGUUGGAUGCAAAGAUGAUAAGGGAAAUUUGUUUGUAAAUACUUCUGUCAAUUCCCUCAUAGCGGCCGGCCGUGUUGAAAUUACUGCGACCUUAUUCAACACAUACAACGCUAAGAAAAGAGGUGCAAGAAUUUCGGCGUUUGCUGGUGCUACUGCUCAAAAAUGA